AUGACACAGAAACUAGCAACACCAAACUCAGAGACCCAAGACGAGAGGAGACGUCGAUUCCUUCUGCAGGGCACACCGAAGGAGGAAAUGCGAAAGGACUUUGCCUCAGUCUCCAAGAGAUUCAAGUACCUCUUGAACCUCAGUGAUCUCUUUCGUCACUUCAUAGAUCUUGGCGCGUCAAAGGAUAAACAACUGCUAAAGUUGGUCCGCACCAUCGACACAAAGAAACACAACAAAUCGUCCUCAAGAUCAGCAGUUGGUAAUGGCCGUCAUCGUAAGAAAGUCAGAAAAAGAAGAAGAUGCAGAAUUCAAGGACUCAACUGGCUUAUUUCCCUACAUGAAAAUUGCUUGUCGGGUAUUCUGGCCGACGAGAUGGGAUUGGGUAAAACUCUCCAAACUAUUGCAUUUUUGGGUCAUCUCCGAUAUAAUAAAGGAAUUGAUGGUCCGCACAUUGUAAUUGUUCCCAAAUCAACGCUGGACAAUUGGAGACGUGAAUUUGCAAAAUGGACUCCAGAUGUGAAUACACUGGUACUACAAGGAACCAAGGAAGAAAGAGCUUUGCUGUUGAAGGAUAAGUUAAUGGAGGCCGAUUUUGAUGUUUGUAUCACCUCAUUCGAAAUGGUCAUUAGAGAAAAGGCAAAGCUUGGCAAGAUCAGAUGGCAAUACAUUGUCAUCGAUGAAGCCCACAGAAUAAAAAACGAAGAAAGUGCCUUAUCGCAAAUCAUUCGUUUAUUCUAUUCCAGAAACAGGCUACUUAUCACAGGAACACCUCUGCAGAACAACCUGCACGAGCUUUGGGCUCUUUUGAAUUUUAUUCUACCCGAUGUGUUUGGAGAAAGCGACGUCUUUGAUGAAUGGUUCGAGUCACAAUCGCAGGACCAAGACGAAGUGGUUCAAAAACUGCACAAGGUUCUCUCUCCAUUUCUCCUGAGAAGGGUGAAAUCAGACGUGGAAAAAUCAUUGUUGCCGAAAAAAGAAGUCAACCUUUACGUGGGAAUGACUGAGAUGCAGAUCAAGUUGUACAGAAACCUUCUAGAGAAAGAUAUAGAUGCUGUCAAUUGUGGAUUCGGUAAAAGAGAAGGAAAAACAAGACUGCUUAACAUCGUAAUGCAGCUAAGAAAGUGUUGCAAUCAUCCGUAUCUUUUUGAAGGUGUCGAACCAGGGCCCCCAUUUACUACAGAUGAACAUUUGGUCUAUAAUUCUGCCAAAAUGAUUGUUUUGGAUAAGUUACUGAAGAAAAUGAAAGAACAAGGAUCUCGUGUCUUGAUUUUUUCGCAGAUGAGUCGUCUGUUGGAUAUAUUAGAAGACUACUGUUUUUUCCGUGAAUACGAAUACUGUCGAAUUGAUGGAUCAACUGCCCAUGAAGAUCGUAUCAAUGCGAUUGAUGAGUACAAUAAACCCGAUUCAAAGAAAUUCAUUUUCUUGUUGACUACGCGUGCUGGUGGUUUGGGUAUCAAUUUGACAUCUGCGGACAUUGUUGUUCUGUACGAUUCGGAUUGGAAUCCCCAGGCCGAUCUUCAAGCAAUGGACAGAGCCCAUAGAAUUGGACAAAAGAAGCAGGUUCAGGUUUUUCGGUUUGUUACUGAAAAUGCCAUAGAGGAAAAAGUCUUGGAAAGGGCGGCCCAGAAACUAAGGCUGGACCAACUGGUUAUUCAACAAGGAAGAGCAUCUUCCAAUAAGAACCAAACCAUUGGUAACUCAAAGGAUGAACUUCUAGAUAUGAUUCAACACGGUGCCCAACAAAUGUUUGAGACGAAGGGUUCCACUGUUGGAGAUGAUGAUAUUGAUUCAAUCUUGAGAAAAGGUGAGGAAAAAACUGCUUCUUUGAAUGCCAAAUUUUCAAAUCUAGGAUUGGACGACCUUCAAAAUUUCACAUCAGAAGCAUCUUCUGCUUACGAAUGGAACGGUAAAAACUUUGCUCAGAAAAAUAACAGAGUAGGAAGGAGCUACAUUUCUCUAGCCAAGAGGGAACGUAAAGAGCUACAAUACGACAUUGACAAGUACUACGAUGAUAUGCUUCUUCCUGGGGGUAAACAAUCCCGGGGUCCCAGACCACCUAAGCAUAUAAUCAUUCAUGAUUUUCAGUUUUUUCCUCCCGGACUAGCAGAGCUGUUAGAAAGGGAACAACUAGCCUUCAAGAGGAAAAUCGGACAUCAGGUUACGUUGAAAGAACUUGGUGGAAGUGAUGAUGAGGACCUAGUUAUGUCCGAAGGUGAAGAACAUGCUAGAGAAAUUCGUAAAGUGAAGGAGCAAAACAAAAUCGACAACGCAGUUGAACUCACUGAGGAAGAACAGGCCUUGAAGGACAAGUAUCUUGGCGAGGGGUUUUCAAAGUGGAGUAGAAGAGAUUUUACCAAUUUCAUUCAUGCUUGCGCUAAUCACGGUAGAGAAAACCUUACCAUGAUAGCCAAGCAGAUGAAGAACAAAACUUUCGAAGAGGUAGAGGCAUAUUCAAAGGCUUUUUGGGCCAACUACAAACAGGUUCAAGGUUAUGAGAAAUAUAUUCAAGAAAUCGAAUUGGGAGAACAAAAGGCCCAUAAACUCAGACUUCAACACGAACUGCUGGCUGAGAAGAUUAGACAAUGCAAAUCACCUUUAAGGGAAUUGGUAAUUCAGUAUCCUCCCAACAAUUCCAAGAAAGUUUACACAGACCUCGAAGACCGAUACCUUUUAACAAUGCUUAAUAAACACGGCUUGAACAGAGACAAUCUUUAUGACAUCAUUAAACGAGAGAUCUGCCAAUGCGAAUUAUUCAAGUUUGACUGGUACUUCAGGUCUCGUACCCCUCAAGAGCUCGCUAGAAGAUGUAAUACUCUACUGCUUGCAAUUAUCAGGGAAAUCGACGGGCCGCUGGCCACCAAGAGAAAGAGAAACAAUUUAUCUAAGGAGACUUCAUUAGAGCCAUCAGUGGAGCCAGAAUCAGUGACCAACAAGAAACAGAAAUCCUUGUAG